GGCGGCUGAACCGGGGAAAGGGGGCGGGAUGAGAAAUGGCGGCCGGCGGCCGGGCAGGACUUUGCCCCCCGGGCGGCCUUGAGCAGCUGGAGCUGGGGCGGCUGCGAGACCCGUUGUCGGACGGGGGCGGCAGCGGCUCUUCUGGCUCUCCGUCGCCGCCGCUUUCGUCUUGCUCCAGACAGGCCUGGAGCCGGGACAACCCGGGCUUUGAGCCUGAGGAGGAAGAAGCGGCCAGGGCAGCGGCGGCGGGAGCUGGGCCGGUCCUGCAAAUGGACGUGGAGUGGGGCCGCGGCGAGGCAGGCUCGCCUUCGUCCGGGGGCCGCAGCCCGCGAAGCGGAGGCUCCGAAAACGGGAGGCGGCGGCGCAGGCGGCGGGGAGGAGGAGAGGAGGAGGAGGCGGCAGAAGAGGAAAAGGAGGAGGAGGGCGACGAAGGCCAGCGGCCCUUCCCCGCAGGCGGAGAGGGAGAGGCGCGGCCCCCGCAUUUCCCUCACGACGAGGGCGCCGGGCCGCCGCCUCACCGCGUCGCUUGGGCCAAGGGGCUGGCGCGACGCCUGCGAGGUCUGUGGGGUACAAGACUAACAGAAGAAAACUCAAGCAGAGAGAAAUACCUGAAAAGUGUUUUACGAGAGUUAAUUACUUAUUUGAUUUUUCUUCUGGUCCUAUGUAUAUUGUCUUAUGGAAUGGUGAGUUCUAGUUCAUACUACUACACAAGGGUGAUGUCUCAGCUCUUUCUAGAAACACCAGUAUCAAAAAUGGAGAAGACAAACUUCAAAACUUUGUCCACAAUGGAAGACUUCUGGAAGUUCACUGAAGGCCCUUUACUAGAUGGCCUUUACUGGGAGAUGUGGUACAACAAUAAGACAGUGGCAGAGAACAGAAGUUUCAUCUACUAUGAGAACCUGCUUCUGGGAGUGCCUCGCAUCAGACAGCUGAAAGUAAGGAACGGCUCGUGUUCAAUACCUGAAGAUUUAAAGGAUGAAAUUAAAGAGUGCUACAAUUUGUACUCUGUUGGUAAUGAGGACACUGCUUCAUUUGGCCUCCGCAACGGAACUGCCUGGACUUACACCAGUGAAAAAAACAUGAAUGGGAGCAGCCACUGGGGGCUGAUUGCAACGUAUAGCGGAGGAGGAUAUUACCAGGAUCUGUCCAGAAGCAGAGAGGAAACAUCUGCAUUGCUCAGUGUCCUUAAGAACAACCUGUGGCUUGAUAGGGGAACAAGAGCAACAUUUAUUGAUUUUUCAGUGUACAAUGCAAACAUCAAUCUCUUCUGUAUUGUAAGGUUAUUGGCAGAGUUCCCACCAACAGGAGGCCUGCUUACCUCUUGGCAAUUCCAGCCAGUGAAACUGAUUCGUUACAUUUCCACUUUUGAUUUCUUCCUGGCUGCCUGCGAAAUUGUAUUUUGUCUCUUUAUUCUUUAUUAUGUGGUGGAAGAAAUCCUGGAAAUUCACAUUCACAGACUGUAUUAUUUUAGGAGUCUCUGGAACUGUCUUGAUGUUCUCAUCAUUGUGAUGUCAGUUGCCUCAGUAGGAGUUAACAUUUAUCGAACAUCCACUGUGGACAAAUUACUAAAGACGCUGCUGGAAAAUCAGAAUCACUUCCCAAACUUUGAGCCAUUAGCAUACUGGCAAAUGCAGUUCAGCAAUAUUGCAGCUGUCACUAUGUUUUUCGUCUGGAUUAAGCUGUUCAAAUUUAUCAGCUUCAACCGGACAAUGAACCAGUUAUCUACUACUAUGUCCCGAUGUGCCAAAGAUGUCCUUGGUUUUGCCAUUAUGUUUUUCACCAUUUUCAUAGCCUAUGCUCAGCUAGCUUACCUUGUGUUUGGCACACAAGUUGAUGACUUCAGUACCUUCCAGGACAGUGUCUUUACACAGUUCCGCAUCCUGUUGGGAGAUUUUGACUUUACAGAGGUUGAAGAAGCUAACAGAGUUUUGGGACCCAUUUAUUUCACGACGUUUGUGUUCUUUAUGUUCUUCAUUCUUUUGAACAUGUUUCUGGCCAUUAUCAGUGAUACUUACUCGGAAGUCAAAUCAGAUAUGGCACAGCAAAAGUCUGAGAUGGAACUAUCUGAUCUGAUUAAAAAGGAAUACACUAAAGCCAUGGUGAAGCUCAAGCUGAAAAAAACACCUGUUGACGACAUUUCAGAGAGCCUACGGCAAAGUGGAGGCAAAUUAAACUUCGAUGAGCUGCGGCAAGAUCUUAAGGGGAAAGGGCACACUGAUGCAGAGAUUGAAGCCAUCUUUACAAAAUAUGACCAAGAUGGGGAUCAGGAAUUGACAGAGCUGGAGCAUCAGCAGAUGAGAGAUGACUUGGAGAAAGAGAGGGAGGACCUGGAGCUAGACCGAAGCUCUCUGAAACGGCCACUGAGUGGUCGCAGCUUCCCACGAAGCCUGGAUGACUCAGAAGAGGAUGAUGACGACGACAGUGGGCACAGCUCAAGAAGAAGAGGCAGCAGCUCCAGUGGGGUUUCAUAUGAAGAGUUUCAAGUGUUGGUGCGGCGAGUGGAUCGCAUGGAGCAUUCCAUAGGCAGCAUUGUUUCCAAGAUAGAUGCUGUCAUUGUGAAGCUGGAAGCAAUGGAGAGAGCAAAGCUGAGAAGGAGAGACGUGUUGGGAAGGGUGCUUGAUGGGGUCACAGAGGAUGAAAGGCUGGGCCACGACAAUGAAAUCAACAGGGAUCAAAUGGAGAGGCUUGUCCGAGAAGAACUGGAGCGCUGGGAAUCGGAUGAUACAGCAUCCCAAGUGAGCCACCGAUUAGGGACUCCCAUGGGACUCAACGGUCACCCGCGGGCUAGGAAUUCCCGCCCGUCUUCCUCACAGUCCACAGAAGUCAUGGAUGGGGGAGGGGCUGGAAAUGGUGGGAGCAACAUCCACAUCUAGAAGCCGUUUUCUGUUGCCUCAAAA